CUCCAUCUGAUGAGGUCUGCAAUUACAUCUCGCCAUAACUGGUCACUCUGCAAUUACAUGCUCCACCACAGAAUCUUUCUUCCCCCCCUCCUCUGUAAAGCACCACUGCUCAUAUGGCAGACCGAAAUAGAAUAGUUUCAUGUCUGUUUGGACGGCGGCCCAGCUGAAACUAUGCUCCGCUGCUUGACUGACAGUGGGAUGUGGGCUUUUUCUCCCCAAGAAAAACCUUUAAGGCCAGUCGCGUUUAGACUCUGAGCAGUCCUACUCCAGCAGGCUUUGGUGGUGGUUGGCCCAGCUGGGCUCCAAGACGGGAGACAGAGCGAGAAAGAAACAAAGUUAGAGUGAGUGAAAGAGAGGACAGAGACACACGGUUUGCAGUGAAGAGGACAAGAACCACAAGCUGUAACUAUGAACCCUCCUGGGAACACUUAACCUUUCAGUCACUGACCAAGAGAAUGGGUGCUGUGCUGAAGUAAGAUGGCCUCGGACAGAAUGGCGACUCCUCAGAGCAGCUCUAGACAGAGCAGCUCGCUCUCUUCAUCCCCUAUGAGUACCCGCAUGCAGUCUCUCCAGGUCGACUCAGUCCAGCGCUGGAUGGAGGACCUCCGCCACAUGACCGAGGUAGAGUGUAUGUGUGUCCUCCAGGCCAAACCCAUCGGGGUGGAGGAGGACUCUCAGCAGGGAGAGCUGAUUGUUGCCUCCGGGGUCGGUGCAGGGGACCACGUGGCCAGAAACAACCUGCAGACACUCCUUCGCCGAGCGCUGGUGGUCAGCACGGAAUUAGGGAAGAUGUUCCAGCGACUGGAGAAAGGACGCUGGCAGAGGGUCCACAGCACAGCCGUAAGGGCCAACUGCCACGUGCGUUCACUGGUGCAUGAGUACAGCGCCGCCCGAAGCACACCACCUGAGAUGCAGAAGUAUGAGAAAUCUCUGCUGGAAAAAUGUAUGGAGCUGACCAAUAUUACAGAGAGGUGCCUUCACACUGAUGAUGAAUUCUUCCUGAAGUCCAUGAGGGAGGCCAUCCAUGAGAUCCUUACAGAUGUCAGCGAUUCCUUCAGCAACAUGAUUGACAUGGCUUUAGCCAAUGAGAUUCGGGUCCUGAUCAAACAGAUUGACUCAUCAGACAAUGUUCACACCAUCGGCAGUGCCAUUAGCAACCUGCUGUCCCUCACCCAGGAUGGACCUCAGCUCUGCAGCAUCAUUGCCAAGGAAGGAGCUGUGGUGGCCCUCUUCAAGAUCUGCAGGCAGGACCGCUUCAGAGACCUGUACGCUCACGCUCUCAGGACUGUGGCCUCCAUCUGCUGUGUGGAGGAGGGCAUCAAGCAACUGGACAAGGUGGAUGGCAUCCUGUGUCUGGCGGACAUCUUGACUGAUGAAAACAGCGUGGAAGCAGCCAGGGCAGAGGCAGCAGCGGUUGUAGCUCAGAUCACCUCACCUCAUCACACGUCCACACAGCACCUCGCCAGCUUCCUGGAGAGCAUGCACGACAUUGUCACUGCGCUCAUCAAGUUGUGUGAGAGUGCCUCAUGUGGUGAAGUAUUCCUCCUGGCAUCUGCAGCCUUGGCCAAUAUCACCUUCUUUGACAGCAUGGCCUGUGAGAUUCUCCUGCAGCUAAACGCCAUCCAGAUCCUGCUGCAGGCCUGCAGAGACCGCCAGAGAGUCGACACACCCUACUCCAAAGACCAGGUGGUGACAAUCUUGGCAAACCUGUCAGUUUUAGAGCAGUGUGCUUCUGAAGUCCUGCAAGAACAAGGAAUAGAGCGACUGCUGCUUCUGCUAGGAGAAAAGCCGUCCUCCUCCAGUCCAUCAGAGGGCGCCGCCUGUGAGCGUGUUCAGCAGAAAGCUGCUGUCACACUGGCCCGUCUAAGCAGAGACUCUGAUGUAGCUCAAACAGCCAUCCAGCUAAAAGCUGUUCCUCGUCUUAUUGAACUGUGUCGCUCCCCUACUGAGAGAAAUAACAGCGACUCAGUGCUGGUCGCUUGCCUGGCUGCCUUGAGGAGGCUGGCAGCAGGGUGUCCAGACAGCAUUGAGCCAGCCGACCACCAGCAGCUGAUCAAACCACGGCUAGUCGACUCUUUCCUGCUGUGUUCCAACAUGGAGGAGAGCUUUGUAUGAUGGCCUGCACACCGAACACUGAUAGUGGAGCGCUGAACUCAUGUACAAGAUCAUGUGCAUGUACUUUUUCAUUACACCUAAAGGAAUAAUGAGCUGUUUCACUCUAAUUUCUUACUGGACAUCAAGUGUUUGGGGGUUGUGUCAGUUUGAAUGGAUGCAGAAUACGUCAAAAUGUACAUAGAUGCGUUGCCUAGAGCAACUAAAUGAUCACAUUAAAUACAAUGAAUGUGUACAGUGUUCUUGGAAAAAGGUAAUCAGUUCAUUUUAUUCAACUGGGAAUUUCAUAUCAUUAAUUAUAUCAGUUAUUAGAUUUUUUUGUAUGAGUAGGUGCUACUUUUUGAAAAUGAAAGUAUAACCUGUUUUGAAAUGAAACACUUUACAUGCUACCACAGUGCAAUUUAUUUGAUCUUGUCUGAAGAUAUUGUAUCCAAAGCAUUUUGGCUAUCUGAGAACCUUCAAACAAGGGGUAAUACAGUAACAUGACACAAAUGAUCAUUUGAACUAUUUAGCAUUGCAGUACCAAGAUGUCUGGUUAAAGGUCCAGUGUGUAAAAUUACGAGGAUCUAUGGCAGAAAUGCAAUAUAAUAUUCACAGGUAUGUUUUCAUUAGUGUAUAAUCACCUGAAGUCUUUGUUACAUUAGAAUGAGUCUUUUUAUCUACAGACACGGCUGGUCACCUUCCAUGGCGGCCACCAUGUUGAACCACCAUGUUUGUACAGUUGCUCAGAAUGAACAAACCUAACACUGGCUCUAGAUAAGGCUGUUUUUCGCCACCACCGUAGUUUCUCCUUUGCACUUGGAAAAGGGGUUGAAGCAAAGGAGUAACAGUCUUGCAACCACACCGCCAGAGGCCACUAAAUCCUACACACUGGGCCUUGAAAUUCUCAAGCCUUUUUUAAUGUUUUCAGUCAGUAUCCACUUUAUUUGGAUAAUUUAGAGCUAAAUUAUUACAGUUAAAUGAGCUUUUACAUGUUUUCAGUUUGUUUGUUCGAUUAGUAUUUAAUAUUUUUGAUUGAGGCGUAUGGCAACAUGAUCCAUUUGUCCUGUUGUACAAUAUUGUUUCUUAAAGUGCAUUGUAUGGAAUGUUGAGUUAUUCUCUUGAUCUUAUUUGCCAUUAAUCGCAAAUAUAAUAUUUGCCACUGGAAAAAUUAUCUAUAAAAAUGGUUGUGAAUUAGAAAUGCUUUUUUAUUUAAAGAGAAUUACCAUUAUUGUAUGCUAUGCAUGGAAUAAAGGCAAUCAUCUAUCUAA